AUAUGGUACUGUUGUGUAAGGAGGUUACUAUUAGCUUAAUAUGGCGUAUUUCCAAAUCGCGUUUUAACAACCAACAACCAAUUUGGCCGUAAAGAUACAGUUAUGUAGUUCAGUUAAUAUGUCUUGUUUUUGUUACUAAAUAGGGUCGUGGUUAGUUGUUAAAAAACCUUUUGGAAAUAUGGGAUAUAGAUACUACCGGUAUCCCAUCUUACCCCACACUACUAUAUACGUAUCAAUUUGCUAGAUAACUGUAUAUGUCAUACGCAUUUUAACAGGUGCUAGGGAAACCGAGAUGGGGUUACUUAGCUUUUCAGUUAUUUUGUUACUUGCCGGUACAACUGUUGUUAGAGCACAGUGGACAAACGAAAGAAACUUAACCGUGGUAGAAGCUAACCAGUACUUGGACAACCACACACAAUUGUUCAAACCAGCAAGAAUUAUUAACGUUGGAGAUGGAAUUUACUGCGCAUUUGGAUACAGUCUUUCAAAUAUGAUAAUGGUUGAAGGAACUACUGGUAUCUUGAUCAUCGACACAUUAGAGUCCUCGGAUUGGGCCACUUUUGUUUAUAAAGAAUUUCGAAAAAUUACAAGCAAGCCUCUUAUGGGAAUAAUCGUGACGCAUUUACAUUCAGACCAUUUUCAAGGAAAUAAUCCGUUACUGGAAGAUGCAAAAAACAACGGUUGGUCGGUAAACGUCUACGCGCACAGUUCAACAGCAAGGCUGGUUGCAGAAAACGAAUUUACACUGCCAAUACGUGGGCUAAGGUCGGCGCGACAAUUUGGUGGAAUUCUCUCUGCAGACCAAGAAAAGACAAACGACGGUCAUGACCAAGAAAAGACAAACGACGGUAUUGGUAUAGAUUACAAACCAAGUUCGAAGUUGGUACUGGAACCUCUCAAAGUCACGCAUACUUACGAUGAAAGAGCAACGUUUACCGUUGCGGGAAUAACUUUUGAUUUGAUUCACACACCUGGUGAAACGGAAGAUCAAACGACCGUCUGGAUUCCGAGCAAACGAGCAGUGUUUCCGGGUGAUAAUAUCUAUCAAGCUUUCCCAAAUCUGUAUGCGAUUCGAGGCUCGCCGUAUCGGAAUGUGAAACACUGGUAUGAAAGCCUGGACAUUACGAGGAACUUGGGCGCAGACUAUAUGGUUCCUUCGCAUACAUUACCUGUGCUUGGAAAGGAGAACGUAUUUAAUAUCCUGACUAGUUAUAGGGACGCUGUUAAAUUCGUUUACGACCAAACCUUUCGCUACAUGAACCUCUUUUAUGAACCUGAUGAAAUAGUUGAGAAAGUUCGCCUGCCACAAAGUUUGGAGAAGCAUCCGUAUUUGCUCGAGUUCUACGGUUCCUUGGAUUGGUCUGUUCGUAGUGUGUAUAAUGGUCAUCUUGGUUGGUUUGACGCCGAUCCAGCCAACUUAAAUCCACUUACCAAAAAACAACGCGCUGAGAGACUAACAUCUAUUAUUUCAAUUGCCACCAUGCUUGAAGAGGCAAGAAAGAGUUUAGAUUUGUCAAAGGAAAACUUACAGAGCACGGGCUCUCACAUAAAUAACGAACUACAGUGGGCAUUGGAACUUUCUAAAAUGGUUUUAGACACAAAUCCAAGUAAUUCUAUCGAACUUGAAAGUGCAACACUAAUCUAUCGAGAAGCUUUAAGGGCAAGGGCCUCGUCUACUUUAAGCGCUGUUGGCAGAAACUACUAUUUGUCAUGUGCUACAGAAUCCGAACGUGGUAUAAAAAGGAUAAGUCCCAGUAAUACAUUAAGAUACAUAUUCCGUGAAAUCCGGUCGGAAGUUGGCGUAAUGAUGGAAUAUCCUCUACGUUUUAAGGCGGAAUUCUGCGACGAUAAACAACCCAUGAGCUUUUUGUUCAACUUCACAGAUAGUGGCAACGUGUAUAAAUACACAAUUCGCAACUGUGUUGUGGAUUUGGAAAUAAACCCAAACCAACAAGGUGCAUAUUUCGACUUGAAGGCGACAAUGGAGUUUGCUCUCUGGCGCGAUAUAGUGGUUGGAGACACAUACAUCUUCUCUCUUGGCGCCCAAGUUAAAAUGAAAUUAGAAGGACAAGGCCCUCGGUGGAAAAACGUGAUUUAUCUUUAUAAAAUCCUACAUUUAAUGGAUCGCAGUGGUUUUCUAAACAAUGCUUGGUAACAUCAUAAUAUGAUUAAGAUGUAUAUAUUAUUUACUUUAAUUAUUCAAUAGUAGUGUCGAGUAUGAUAGAUACUGUUAGCACAUAAUAUCCCAUGUUUCCUUAUCUUGUUUUAACAAUUAACAGCGCAAUUUUAAAGUCGUGAUGAUACGGUUAUAAUUAAUUCUGUAAAUACUUAUCAUUCGCUACCAAAUGAACAAUAAAAGGAAAUAAAAUCAUGAA